AGGAUCGGUGCAUCCACAGACCGGCGUUUCCUAGCCACAGGCUAUAGCAACACGACCCAAAAGGUGUUUCGUCGUGUCCGCAGUGUUGGUGGAGUUCAGUCGUUGACCUAGGGCACGACCUAUCGACCGAAUAGUGGAAAUAGCAUCAGGGCACAAAAUGACAGGCACGAGCGGAGGAGGGAGGUCUCCAUCUGAGAGUCAC